UUUUUUAAAAUACUAACCUCGAUCUUACCACUUUUCACAAUUUUUUAAUCCUAGAUUUUGUAAGAAAAUAAUAUGGAGCUAGAAUUGGGACUCAAAAUCACUAAAACUAUAGAUGACAAUGCUUCCACCUCUCAGUAUCAAUUUAUCAAGGAUAUAGGGCCAAUUUUUCAAUCCAGAGAAACAAACACCAUGUUCAUCCUCACUGCUCAUCUUAAAGGUUAUAAGAAGGAAGCCAUUGACAUAAAGAUUAGUAAAGAUGGAAGUAAGAUUUCCAUUAGUGGAGAGAAACCAAUUCAAGAAAUGGUAAUGAUGGGAUGGGUAAUGCACAAAAAAAUGGUUAAUGUUAAAGGAUUUAAUAAGGUUUUCAAAAUUCCUAAUGGUGUGAAUUUGGAUAAGAUCAAAGCAAAUUACAAUGAAGAGGAAUGGAUGUUGAAUGUUGUCAUGCCAAAAUUGGUAAAAGGGAUUUGUGGUCUUAAGAUUGGGGAAGUCAAUGAACAAGAAUUUGAUAAAGGGAGAUUAGAACUAGACAAAAAUAAAAAUGUAAAUGAUCAUGUUUCUAGUAGUUUUGAAGAUACAAGCCUAAAAGGGUCUAAAGAUUCUGAAUUUAAACAUAUGAAGGAAGGUGAAAAUAUUAUGGAGAAGAUGAUUGAUGAUUCCAACAAGGAAAUAAAUGAAGAUACAAUACACAAAGAAGUUGAAGAAUCUAAGUUGAGAAAUGGAGAGAGUGUAGGAGAAAAUAUUGGUAAGGAAGAAUAUGAAGUAAUGAAGAAAUUAGAACUAGAUCAAAGUGUUGGUGAAUUUAUAGCAAAGAAAAUUAAAGAUACAAACCAUGAUAAAGAGUCUAAGGAUCAAAAGUUUGACAAUACAAGUUUUGAUAAGAAGAGGUUUGAUGAUGUUAAUAGGGACAUAACUAGAGGCAUUAUAAAAAAUGAAAAUGAAGAAUCUAAGUUGAGGAUUGAGGAUGGAAAGUUAAAUGAGCAAGAAUCUAAGCCUAAGAUGGAAAUUAAAGAUGGAGAACAAGAAUGUGUUAGAGAAAAUGAUGUUAAGGAAGGAAUUGAUGAUGCAAUGAUAACUAUAAAUAAGGAGUUACCUAAGAACUUACCUAAAAGUACUCAUGAGGAAAGUGAGGGAUUGAAUAUUAAAAAUAUGCAAGAAACAAAAGAUGUCAAAGAAGAAAAGGUGGUUAAAGAGAUUGAAUAUUAUGUGGAGAAGGGUGAAGAUGGAAGAAACAAAAGGAAGGUUGCGGCGGCGACAAUCGAUGGAAGCAAAGGAUUCAAUGUUGCAAAGAAGGAAGAACAAAAAGAGGUUAUGGAAGAAACAUUGGUUGAUAGUGAAAGUUUAAUGGAAAAUGUGGAAAGAGAAGAAUCCAAGGAGGAAGAUAAAAUUGAAUAUGGUAUUAUAGGGAAGUUGAAAGGAGAGGGAUCUAAAAAGAUUGAUGUUGAUACUUUUGAAGGAGACACAACUAGGGACAAAAUUGAGAAAGAAAUUAGAAAUAAAAAAGUUGAUUGUAUUGAUGAGUUAAGUGAGAAAGAGAAUGUUAAUAUUGGAAUAUUUGAUGGAAGAAAAACACAAAAUUUUCAAGACAUUGAUCAAACUGAAGAUUGUGCAAAAAUUGAAAAGUGUUUGCAUAGAGAUAAUGGAGAGAAAUAUGAGAAGAUACAAAAUACUGAUGGUUUCAAGAAGAACAUAACAAAGGAGAAAGAUAAAUAUGAUUUGCAAGAAGAGAUGAGUAAAAGAAGAUUAGAAGAAAGUAAGGCUAUAAAACAAGAUUUUUCAAUGAAAAUCUUAGAUUCACCAAAUAAUACAAAGAUGAAGAAAUUAAAAGAUGAAGGAAAUUUUAGAAAAGAGACAAGUAAUGGAAGAUCACAAGAAAGCAAGACAUCAAUAGAAGAUUUUUCAGUGAAAAUGUUAGAUUCACAAGAUGAUACAAGAAUGGAGAAAACAACAGAAGAGAUGAAUAAAGGAAGUUCACAAGAAAGCAAGAGGGCAAAAGAAAAUUUUCCAAUAAAAAUGUUAAAUCCACAAGAUGAUGCAAGAGAUGGAUUAAAGGAGACAACUGAGCAGAAAAUAAAAGAGAUCCGAGGAAGUAUCGACAUAGAGAGUACAAAAGUAGUAUCAUUUGUGAAGAAGAAAGGAAAUGGACAAAAGUAUGAAAAUAUACAAGUGGACGCAAAUGAAGACUUGAAAAAUGAUAUAACUAAUGAUACAACACAAAAAGAAAGUCAGGAGGAACCUAAGAUUCUAUUAAAGGUUAAAGAUCAACAAUGUUUACAAGAACAAAUUAGUAAAGAAAGAUCACAAGAAAGCAAGGUUGCAAAAGAAGACUUUCCAAUGAAAAUGUCAGAUUCACCAUAUGAUCCAAGAGUGGGAUUAAAGAAAGAAAUAGAGGAGAAAUUAAAAGUGAUCAAACAGAGUAUUAACCAAGAGAGUGAAAAAGUUGUUACAUUUAAGAAGAAGAAUAUAGUGGAAGAGAAAAAUGACAACACACAAGUGGAACCAAAUGGAGGUUUGAGAAAUGAAAUAACUAAGACUACAACACAAAGAGAAAGUGAGCAAGAACCUAAGAUUCUAAUAAAGGCUAAAGAUAAAAAAUGUUUGCAAGAAGAGAUGAGUAAUGAUAGAUCACAAGAAAGCAAGGAUGCAAAAGAAAAUUUUUCAAUGAAGAUGUUAGAUUCACAUGAUGAUACUAAGAUGGAAAAAAUAAAAGAGAUGAGUGAAAGAAGUUCACAAGAAAGUAAGACAACAUAUGAAGAUUUUUCAAAGAAUUUUUUUGAUUCAGCAAGAGAUACAAAUAUAGAGAAAAUUAAAGAUGAACGCUAUGUUCAAGAAGAGAUGAGUAAAGGAAAAUCACAAGAAAAUAAGGCUGCACGAGAUAUGAGUAAAGGAAGAUUACAAGAAGAUUUUCCAAUGAAAAUGUUAGAUUCACUCGAUGAUACAAAGAAGGAGAAAAUAAAAGAAGAUAUGAGUAAAAGAAAAUCACAAGACAAGAAGUCUGCAGAAGAAUAUUUUCCAAUCAGUAUAUUAGAUUCGUCAGUUGAUGCAAUAGAGGGAUUAAAAGAAACAAUAAAUGAGAAAAUAGAAGUGACUAGAGGGAGUAUCAAAGAAAAAAAUGCAAAAAUUGUAUCAUUUGAGAAGAAGAAAGUAAUGGAAGAGAAAAAUCACAAGACACAGGUUGAAGCAAAUGGAGGUUUGAGUAAUGAUAUUACUAUGGAUACAACACAAAAAGAAAGUGAGGAGGAACCUAAGAUUCUAAUAAAGGCUAAAGAUCAACAAUGCAUGCAAGAAAAGAUGAGUAAAGGUAUAUCACAAGAAAGUAAGGAUGCAAAAGAAGGUUUUUUAAUGAAAAUGAUAGAUUCAGAUGAUGACUCAAAAGAGAGAUCAAGGGAAACAAUAGAGAAGAAAUUAAAAGAAGAGAUGAGUGAAGGAAGAUCACACAAAAGUAAUGCUGCAAAAGAAGAUUUUCCAAAGAAAAUGUUUGUUUUACUAGAUGAUACAAGGAUGGAGGAAAUUAAAGAUGAAUGUUGUUUACAAGAAGAGAUGAGUAAAGGAGGAUCACAAGAAAUCAAGGUUUCUCAAGAAGAUUUUCCAAUAAAAAUAUUAGAUUCACUAAAUGAGACAAGGAUGGAGAAAAUAAAAGAUGAAUGUAAAUUUCAAGAAGAGAUGAAGAAAGGAAUAUCACAAGAAAACAAGGUUGCAAAAGAAGACUUUCCAACUAAAAUGAUAGAUUCACCUAAUGAUGCAAGAGAGGGAUUAAAGGAAGCAACAAAGGAGAAAACAAAAGUGACUAGAUGGGAUAUGAAUGAAGAGAGUGAACAAGUUGUAUCUUUAGAUUCACCGGAUGAUGCAAGAGAGCAAUUAAAGGAAACAACAAAUGAGAAAAUAAAAGUGAUUAGAGACACUAUCAACAAAGAGAGUGCAAAAGUUGUAUCAAUUGUGGAGAAGAAAGUAAAAAGACAAAAAAAUGAAAAUGAAAAGACCGAAGUGGAAAAAAGUGAAGGUUUGAGAAAUGAUAUAACUAAGGAUACGAUACAAAAAGAAAGUAACAAGAAACCUAAGAUUUUACAACAAUGUUUGCAAGAAGAGAUAAGUAAAAGAAGAUCACAAGAAAGCAGUGUUGCAAAAGAAGAUUUUUCAAUGAAAAUGUUAGAUUCAUUAGAUGAUGCAAGAGAAGGAUUAAAGGAAACAGCCGAAGAGAAAGUAAAAGUGAAUCGAGAGACUAUCAACGAAAAAAGUGAAAAAGUUGUAUCAUUUGUGAAGAAGAAAAUAAAAGGAGAGAAAAAUGAAAAGACACAAGUGGAAGUAAAUGAAAGUUCAACGAAUGAUAUAACUAAGGAUACAACACAAAAAGAAAGUGAAGAACAACCUAAGAUUAUAUUAAAGGCUAAAGAUCAACAAAAUUUGCAAGAAGAGAUGAGUAAAGGAAGAAAUGUGGAAAGCACAAGUGCUGAGGAGUUUCCCAUGCAAAUAGAAGAAGAUUCUUUUGUAAAAAGAAAGGGUAAGGAAAUGUUUUUCAAUGAAUCUACAAUAAAGGAAGAACUUCAAGGAUGUGAAGUUGAAAGAGUUGGUCAAAAUUUAUUUAAUGUGCCAAAUGAAAAACAUCCAAAAUUUUCAACAAUAGUAAGUAAGGGAUUUAAGGAGUUUGAAUAUAAUGGGAAUGCAAAGGAUAAUAAUCAUAAGACAAAUUUUGAAAGCAAGGAGACACAUGAAUCAAAAGAUGAAAGUAUGAAGCAAGAUAUUUUAAAUCCAAAGAAACAAAAAGAAGUUGGAGAACAAGUGGUUAAACCAUUAUUAUCACCUAAACAAUGUGAAGUUGAAGAAAAAGAUAAAUUAUUAUUAUGUAAAGCAUCUUUAGAAUUAUUACAAAGGGAAGAUCCUACAAAAGAUAUGCAGAAUUUGAUUGAAAUGAAGCCUAAACAAAGGGAAACUUUGAAGCCAGAAAUUUUUGAAGAUGUUAGUCAAAUAGUUGAAAGAGAAGAAUACAAAACAACUCAAAAUGUUAAUGGUGACAAGUUGAAGAAACAAGGUGAAAUUAUAUAUGAUGGUGAUAUUGAAAAGGUUGAUGAUGAUAAAGAAAAAAGAAAUCAUGAAACAAUGAAAACAAUAAAUGAGAAAGUUCAUCCUAUAAAAUAUGAAAUUGAUGAGAAAGAAAAAGAAUGCCUUGAAGCAAGCCUAAACAAUAAUGAUAAUGCACAAAUGGAAAGUCAAAGGCCCCUUGAACAAAAUGAUUAUGGAACACAAGAGAUUAAAGCACCAAAAAUUGCACCAUUCGAAGGAGCUAAUCAACAAUCAAUAAAUGAAGAAAAGAGAAAAAUAGAACAUGUUAUUGAAGCAAUAAAAGAGUCACCAAAGAUAAACAAUGAGGAGAGUGAAGGAAAUGAUGAUAGUUUUAAACCACAUGUCCUUGAAGAAGCACUUGAUGAGUGUGAAUUGAAAGGUGCCAAGAAUUUAAUAGAGAAUAGUGGUCAACAAUAUGUGCAUUAUAAGAAAACAUAUCAAACACCAAAGGGUGUAGAAGAAAAUGAUUUGAAUAAAAAGGAAGAAACUCUAAUAAAAAAGGUGGAGAAGAAAAAGACUAAUGAAUCAACAAAGCCAAAAUUGGAAUAUGAAAUUCCAAAGGUAGAAGAAGUAGAAGAAGAAGAAGAAGAAGAAAAGGAGGAGGAAAGAAACAUUCAUGUACUAGAAGCAACCAUUUCUAAAGAAGAAGAUAAGGUUGAACAAAAAGGUUUAAAUAAAUUUGCACCUCUAAAAGAACCAUUUCAUUCCUUAGAUGAAGUGGCUCAACAAUCAAAGCUUUCAAACUCAUCAUGCACUCAACAAUUUGAAGUUGAAAGAGAAGAAGAAAAAACAAAGAAAAAGGACUCUAAAAUAGAUAUUCAAGAGUCAACAAAAAUUGAAACAGGACAAGAAGUUGAACAAUGCACAACAAACAAAGAUGAGGAAGCAAAACAUGGAAUAGAAGAAAUUGAUGAAUCAUAUGAUGAAGUGUUAGAGGAACAAAAAGAAUGUAAAGAUGAAACAAGUGAAGGGAAAAAGGACAAUCCUAAAAUAUCAAAGAAAUUGUUGGUUCCAUUGGUCAUAGCAGGAUUUGUCACUCUAGUAGUUUUCUUUGUUAGGCUUAGAAGAGCUAGAAAAAGAUAUAAUGUGAGAUAAUAAAAUCUAGUUGAUCACUAUUUUGUUCUACAUAAUUAUAAGGUUGCUGAAUCUAUAUAUCAUAAAAUAUAAAUUAGUAGAUAUCCUAAACAAAUUUAUAGAAGCAUGUUCCAAGUGAAUAUGUCUUAAACAAACAUGUCAAUUUUGAGAAAAACACUAUGGAAAGAU